AUUUUGGCCCUUGACGUGGAGUCGGAGCGUGACCGUGCUGCCUUUUUACAGAAGAACAAGCAUCAGGUCGCACACGUCUUGUGUGCUGCCGACAUUUACCGAUCAUGGUGCUGUUGCACAUGUUGUUUGAGCAUGCGUCCGGCUACGCGUUGUUUAAGGUGAAAGAGGUGGAGGAGAUCAGCAUGCUGCUGCCCCAGGUGGAGCAGUGUGUGCUGAGUCUGGCUAAAUUCAAUAGUAUGGUGAGCCUGUCUGCCUUUUUCCCCUUUAAAUCAGCACAAUCUGCCCUGGAGAACAUAAAUGCCAUUUCUGAAGGUGUGGUUCACGCUGACCUCAAGUUGUUCCUUGAGACAAACAUUCCUCAAUCUCCGAAGAAGAAAGCCACACUGGGAGUCGGAGAUCCCAAAAUUGGUGCUGCUUUGCAAGAAGAAUUUGGUUUUUCCAUCCAGACAGGCGGCGUCGUGGCGGAAUUAACAAGAGGGAUUCGUCUUCACUUCCACUCGCUGGUGAAGGGCCUGACGGCCUUGGCGGCCUCCAAAGCCCAGCUCGGUCUGGGCCACAGUUACUCGCGGGCCAAAGUGAAAUUUAAUGUCAACCGGGCGGACAACAUGAUCAUCCAGUCCAUUGCGCUGUUGGAUCAGCUCGACAAGGACAUCAACACGUUCUCCAUGCGCGUCCGCGAAUGGUACGGUUACCACUUCCCCGAGCUGGUGAGAAUCGUUCCGGACAACUCGAUGUACUGCCGCCUCACUCGGCUCAUCGGCAACCGGAAGGAGUUGACGGACGAGAGCGUGGAGAGCCUGGAGGAGGUGGUCAUGGACAACGCCAAGGCGCAGGCCAUCCUCGAUGCAUCCCGUUCCUCCAUGGGAAUGGACGUUUCACCCAUCGACCUGAUCAACAUCGAGAGGUUCUCCAGUCGUGUGGUCUCUCUGACCGCUUAUCGUCUGGAGCUGCAGGAGUACUUGCGCUCCAAGAUGGGCCAAGUGGCUCCCAACUUGGCCGCGUUGAUCGGAGACGUGGUCGGCGCCCGUCUGAUUUCUCACGCCGGCAGUCUCACCAACCUGGCAAAGUACCCCGCCUCCACUGUGCAGAUCCUGGGAGCGGAGAAGGCCCUGUUCAGAGCCCUCAAGACUCGCGGCAACACGCCCAAGUACGGCCUCAUCUUCCACUCGACCUUCAUCGGCCGCGCCGCCGCCAAGAACAAAGGCCGCAUCUCCAGAUAUCUGGCCAACAAGUGCACCAUCGCCUCGCGCAUUGACUGCUUCUCCGAAUUGCCCUCCAGCGUGUUUGGUGACAAACUGCGUGAACAGGUGGAGGAGCGCUUGUCUUUCUACGAGACAGGCGACCUACCGCGCAAGAAUGUCGAUGUCAUGAAAGAGGCCGUGAAGGAGGCGUCUGAUGUAGCCGCUGAGAUGAAGCGUAAGCUUGAAAAACAGGAAAAGAAACGCAAGAAGCGUGAAAAGAAGCAAGCGCUCCUUGAAAACGGGGAUGCCAACGGUGACGCCGAGGUUAAUGGAGGCUCGGAAACACCCGGAGGGAAAAAGAAAAAGAAACAUGCGGCGGAAGAGGUCCAAACUGCAGAGCACGGAGCAGGUGAUACUCCCGCCAAGAAGAAAAAGAAACGCAAGUCUGAGCCCGAGGAACCGGAGGAGGAGACCCCUGAGGUUGAGGUACCAGAAGAGGACACCGAUAAGUCAGCCAAGAAGAAGAAGAAGAAACGGACAUCGGAGGCCGUUGAAGCUGAGCCAGCAGAAGACAUCCCAGAAAUAACAGUGCCUAAAAAGAAAAAGAAGAAAUAGGAUGCAGAGUGAAUGGAAUAGAGCUGAAUGUAUGUUUGUGUACAGUUUUUCAUUUUAUUAAAACUUUUUUCUCCCUCCUUUUUGGGGGGUGUUAUAUAGAGACUGUAUAUUGUGCCUUGAAUGAGCUAAGAUGUACUUAUGUAAAUAAAGUCUCAGUUAAGAAA